UUGUCUCUGCAGGUCUGGACAUAUGUCAUAUGUUCUCAUCAGGCAUCUCAAAGAGAUAUACUGGUAAAGUAAUUGGUGUUUAGGCAUUGACUCUGCAACAUGUAGUAACUCUGUGUUUUUUAGUCUCUGCAGGUCAUGACUAGUUCAUGUGUUUUCUCCUGUGGCUUCGUUGACUUGCAUCGUGUUUUCUAGGAUAUAAAAGGUCGACCCUGCAUAAACUAACAAAUCUCUCAUCUUCUAACGAGUCGAUCAAAUAAUGUUAAUAUCACACAGGAUCAUCCAUUGGAUUGUUUUCGUGGUUUUUCUCUUCUGUUGUUCUGAAAACUCCCAUGGAAAGCUGAUUAUGGAAGGGUCCGCUGGGUACAUGAAUGGUUUCACGACGUUGACGAACACCAAGAAGCACGCUUAUGGCCAAGCAUUCGACGACAACCCAUUUCCUUUCAAAAAUUCAAACGGUACGAUGAAUUCUUUCUCUUUCACCUUCUUCUUCGCCAUUGUCCCUGAGCAUAAGAACAAAGGCUCUCACGGUAUGGCCUUUGUGAUCUCUCCCACGAGAGGCAUUCCCGGUGCAUUCGCUGAUCAGUACCUCGGCAUCUUCAACGAUGCAAACAAUGGAAAAAGCUCGAACCAGAUCAUUUCCGUGGAGGUCGACAUACAUAAGGAUGAUGAGUUUGGCGACAUUGAUGAUAACCAUAUCGGUAUCAACAUAAAUGGCAUGAGGUCUAACACAUCUGCUCCGGCCGGUUAUUAUGAUGAAAAGGGUCAGUUCAAAAACAUUUCUUUAGUCAGUGGAAAGCUACUACGAAUCACGAUUCUGUACAGCCAUAUAGAGAAACUGCUUGUUGUUAUGUUAUCACCAGCAGAGGAGGCUAUUCUUCCAAAGCGGCCGCUUCUUUCGCUCAAGCAAGAUCUGUCACCGUAUCUUUCGGAGUAUAUGUAUGUCGGCUUCACAGCCUCAACAGGGUCGGUUGGAGCAAUACAUUACUUGUGGGUGUGGUAUCAAUAUACCUUAAUUAUUGUUCCACAGCUAGAUUUCCUUAUACCAACCUUUCCUCCAUAUCCCAAGACAGAGUCUCUAGUAAAGCGGAUCGUUUUAGUGACCUGCUUGACUUUGGCUCUCAUUGUUGCCCUUGCUGCAUCAGCUUUGAGUAUUUUCUUCUAUAAGAGACAUAAGAAGGUUGUAGAGGUUUUAGAGGAAUGGGAGAUCGAAUGUGGACCACAUAGGUUUGCUUACAAAGAGUUAUCUAAAGCCACAAACGGUUUCAAACAACUUCUAGGCAAGGGAGGGUUUGGUCAGGUCUUUAAAGGCACACUUCCAGGUUCAGCUGCAACAAUUGCUGUUAAGCGGGUUUCUCAUGGUUCCAGUCAAGGAAUGAGAGAAUUCUUGGCCGAGAUAGCAACUAUUGGUCGCCUUAGACACCCUAAUCUAGUUAGGCUUCUUGGUUAUUGCAGAUACAAAGAAGAGCUCUACUUGGUGUAUGACUUCAUGCCCAAUGGAAGCCUUGACAAGUACCUCUACGGUGGAUCAGAUCAAGAACAGCUCUCUUGGACUCAACGUUUCAAGAUUAUCAAAGACGUUGCAUCCGCACUUUCCUAUCUCCAUCACGAGUGGGUACAAGUCGUGAUUCAUCGAGACAUCAAGCCAGCAAAUGUCCUAAUCGAUGACAAGAUGAAUGCAAGUCUUGGAGAUUUUGGAUUGGCUAAGCUAUAUGAUCAAGGGUAUGAUCCUCAAACCUCUAGAGUAGCUGGAACAUUCGGGUAUAUGGCACCAGAGCUCAUGAGAACCGGAAGACCAACCACGGGAACAGAUGUGUAUGCCUUUGGUGUGUUUAUGCUUGAAGUUUCUUGUGGUAGAAAGCUGUUUGAGCCACGAGCAGAGCCUGAAGAGGUCGUUCUUGCGGAUUGGGCGAUUAAUCGUUGGGAAAACGGCGAUAUCGUAGAGGCGGUGAAUGAAAGUAUCCGGCCUGAUCCUGAUGAGGGACAACUCGAGCUUGUUCUGAAGCUAGGAGUGUUAUGUUCGCACCAAGCUGAAGAGGUUAGGCCGGAUAUGGCUACGGUGGUUAAGAUAUUGGACGGAGUUUCUGAGCUUCCGGAUAAUCUCCUGGACAUUGUCAGAACCGAGAAGUUGGGAAAAUGGUACGAGACGUACAAAAACGUGCUUGAUACGGAGAUUACAAUGGAAUCUGCAGGUAACUUGACGAUUACGGAACCGAUGACUUCCGUCGGACGGUAAAAAAAAGUGAUUGUCGAGGUUUUGAUGAGAACUUCAACUGUACAACA